UAAACCUAUCCCUACCCCUUUGUGUUUCGGCUGCAUGACUGAGAGAACCUGAGUCAUCGACGAGGGACUCUGGAACGGGAGGAUGAGGAAAAUUCGGCACUAUUCUAUUCUGAUCUGAUGCCCCUGAUGGUCCAAAUGUUCUUCCAGACCCGCAUCAAGUCUAUUACCAUUAGCCUUUUAGGAGAAAAUAUAGUACAAUAGGCUUCCGCUAACCCUAAAUUAGCUAUUUGUAGACGUACUGGUUCUAAGCAUAUUAUCCAAUAAUGUCAUGGUACAUGCAGGUGGAUGUGGAGAGUACUGUUGGGCCUGAUGCGUUUGUAAGAAUUGCACCUGCUAUUCCCACCAUUGCAGACGCAAUGGAUUGCACAGCCAGUUUGAAUCUCUUAUUGCGAGCAGAGGAGGCCGUCUUCCCUUUCCCAUUUAUUCCUCUUCCAGCCUGUUUUACCUUUGGGUUUCAUUAUUGCAUUUAGUUUUCUUUUGGUUAAAUCUCUACUUAAUUUCUGGAUGUAUAAUACUGCUUAUUUGAACUUCUUUGUUUGGAAUCUGUGCAAUUAAAGCACAAAAAUGGCUUGUAUGUAAAUGUGGGGAUAUGCCAGAUCCUAGUGGAAACGAUUGAUUGAUUUUCUUCACAACAGAAUCUAAGCUAUAUUCCAAUAUUCGUGCGGAAAUUGUUUUCCUCUUUACAUAUUUAAAGACCAGAGCCAAAGAAGAGAGUUAAAGACGAGGAUUUAACUCAUCAUUGUAUUUGAAAAUUUAUUGCUCAGAUCGAUCAGGGCUAUAAAGAACCAAGCAACUCCGGCGCUACUCAAGGCCUUGCAAUUGGUAAAGAAUGAGACACUGAUUGAUAUAAAUGGGACUGCCACAACUCAGCCUGUCCCCCAGCAUGUUGGUGUAUCUACUUGGCCUGGACGAUUGACCCUAACGGAUCAUGCAUUCUACUUUGAAGCCACUGGGGUUGUGUCUUAUGACAAACCCAAGAAAUUUGACCUUUCGGCAGAUUUAAUGCACAUGGUGAAGCCAGAUUUGAUCGGACCAUGAGGUGCCCGCCUUUUUGAUAAGGCUGUUAUGUAUAAAUCAAGCGUCACGGUGGAUCCAGUUGUGUUAGAGUUUCCGGAGCUGAAAGGGCGUUCACGGCGUGACUAUUGGUUGGCAAUUAUUCGGGAAGUAGUGUCAAUUCACCAAUUCAUCCGGACUUAUCAACUGGAGGGUGUAGGCAAAGCGGAAACUUUAGCGAGGGCGGUAUAGGGGAUUGCUUGGUUAAGAGCUACAAAAGAAACGUUUCAUGUUCUAUCACCAAAACCUGAAAAUUUGCUCACCUGUUCAUUAGGAUCAGAGAUGCCGAGUGGGGAUUUAGUAUUGGCAGAACUGGCCUGUUCUCUUCGUGGCACGGAUCGUGGAGAAGUACAAGCGGGUGAAGAAAGUGUUCAGGAUAAACACCAGGGUGACAAGAUCUAUGCCAUCUCGGCUGCAACUGUUGUAAAUAGCUUCUGUUCGUCAACUCCUAAAGGGUCUGAAAAGACACAGGAAUCACCUGUGCCCGUUGGAGAGAUUCUCAUUGGUGAAACUUCUCCUUUGGAGAAAGCAAUCCAACAAUCACGAGAUAAUUCGAAGAAAGUGCUCUUAGUGCAGGCUACCAUAAAGGAAGAAAAGGUUGAGGGCAUUGGUACAAAUGCUGCUGUUAUGAAGGAGCUGGUGCUUCCUCUGAUAGCAGUUAUUACCUGGCUUCAUAGUGUAUUUAUCUGGGAGGGGCCUUUAAAGUCGCUCACAUUUUGUGUUAUUGGCUGCUGCAUUAUAUUCAAUGGGCUACCCUACGUGUUGCCUCUAUCGCUAGUGAUGAUGGCUGCCUACAUGGCGUAUGUGCGGAGAAUGCGUGAUGGAGCACCAAUCAAAGAAAUUUUAAUAUCGUCGCCUCCCAAUCAGAACACGGUUGAGCAGCUGCUAGCCUUGCAACAAGCAUUGACAGAGUUGGAGGCAUUAAUUCAGAGUGGCAACAUAUUUCUGCUCAAGACACGUGCUUUGAUUUUAUCAGCCCGUCCUGAGGCCACGAAUCAUGUCAUAGCCAUCCUCCUCGCGUUGGCGGUCGUCGUGCUUAUCUUUCCAACUCGCUGGUUGAUUCUAAUUAUCUUUCUAAACGUGUUCUCAAGCGAAAUGCCCGUGAGGAUUGCAUCUUCGCGUCGAUUUAUGCGGCGAAUCGGUGAAUGGUGGUAUAGCAUACCUGUUGUUCCAGUCCAAUUUCUCAAACCUGAGACAGACAAUGGGAGCAAAUAAGACACUGCUGUAGUCGCUUAUUAGUGUAGCAUGUGCAUGUUCUCUUAUAAAGGAGAGAUUAAGAUAGAUUAAGUUUUCGUAUAACACUUUCACAUGGUAAUUUACCUUCUUUGUGUACAUUACAAGCUGGAUAUUGCAGGAGGUCUUGGUACAUACAUCCGGGACACGAAAUGAUCUUCUUUUCGAGCAGUGUCUGCUCCUGAAUCCUUCAUGUUUUUAUUGAUAUGUGAAGAGCUGAAGCACGUAAAGGAAUUUAAGUUUAGAAGCUAGUGGAUAAGUAGCAGUUAAAUAGUGUAUUAGAAGUUUGGUAUAGUAGUGCUUGAGUUUUAUCACAUGCAGAUUGAAGGAUAUAGUAUUGUUUUUGUAAAUUCAUAGACUAUUACGGAACGCGGAGGUCGCUGAAGUUCCGAUAAUUACACAAGCACAAAUCCUGGUCAUGGUAUUUUCUUUUUCUUUCCAAGCAUUGGAUCCUAGCUUAAUUGUGUUUGAGGAUUGCUUGAGCAUUCAGGAACUCGUCUACAAUUGUGUUCCGAACCGGUUGUCAUGUCAAAAAAAAAAAAAUUGUACGUUUCUUUUGAACAUAAUACAAGCAGCACAUGGAGGUUUCAAGACUUA